AUGGGAACGGAAGCCAAAGUAUUCCGAACUUUUGCCAGAACUUGUCGGCUGGUGGAACUUGCACUAGUCCCUUGCAUUGCUGUCAUUAUAACUAGCCGUGAGGAAGAAAACUUGCGAAUUUUGCAAACCUGUUUUGUCUAUGUCAACAAACCUCGGGUAUUCUUCUCGAGUUGGAUUGGAACUAUUCGUUCACUCAAGAGAAUUGCGUGUGCUGGUGUCUCUUACUCUGUUAUGUCAAUGCGGGACAUUGGCAAACCUCCGGUUCGUGGCAAAACUUCGCCUUAUGGCUUCUUUGUAAAGAUGUGCUAUGAAGAGCACAAAAAGAAAUACCCGAAUGAGAAUGUGCAAGUAACUGAGAUCUCAAAGAAAUGUAGUGAGAAGUGGAAGGUG